AUGCUGCAGAGCCACCGGCGGGUGCACACGGGGGAACGUCCCUUCAACUGCUCAGAGUGCGACAAGUGUUUCAAGACGGCGAAUGUCCUAGAGGCCCACCGGCGGGUUCACACGGGCGAGAAACCCUAUGGCUGCUCCACUUGCGGAAAGAGUUUUCCCCAGUUCAGCGCAUCCACACCGGCGAGCGCCCCUACACCUGUGCCCAGUGCGGCAAGGGCUUCACCCAAUACAGCACCCUGUUGCAGCACCAACAUACCCACACCGGCGAGCGCCCCUACACCUGUGCCCAGUGCGGCAAGGGCUUCACCGACCUCCACCAGACUGCUGAUACAUCAGCGCACCCACACCGGCGAGCGUCCCUACACCUGUGCCCAGUGCGGCAAGGGCUUCACCACCUCCACCAACCUGCUGAUGCACCAGUGCACCCACACCGGCGAGUGCCUCUACACCUGUGCCCAGUGCGGCAAGGGCUUCACCUGCUCCGGCAACCUGUUGAACCACCAGCGCACCCACACCGGCGAGCACUCCUACACCUGUGCCCAGUGUGGCAAGGGCUUCACGCACUCCAGCAGCCUGCUGGUGCACCAGCGCACCCACACCGGCGAGCGCCCCUACACCUGUGCCCAGUGUGGCAAGGGCUUCACCCAGUCCAACAACCUGCUGAGGCACCAGCGCACGCACACCGGCGAGCACCCCUACACCUGCGCCCAGUGCGGCAAGGGCUUCAACGACUCCAGCAACCUGCUGGAGCACCAGCGCUCCCAUACCGGCGAGCGCCCCUACACCUGCGCCCAAUGCGGCAAGGGCUUCACCAGACCCUGCAGCCUGCUGGUGCACCAGCGCACCCACACCGGCGAGCGCCCCUACACCUGCGUCCAAUGUGGCAAGGGCUUCACCCACUCCGGCAGCCUGCUGGUGCACCAGCGCACCCACACCGGCGAGCGCCCCUACACCUGUGCCCAGUGUGGCAAGGGCUUCACCCAGUCCAACAACCUGCUGAGGCACCAGCGCAUGCACACCGGCGAGCACCUCUACACCUGUGCCCAGAGCGGCAAGGGCUUCACCUACUCCGGCAACCAGUUGAAGCACCAGCGCACCCACACCGGCGAGCGCCCCUACACCUGUGCCCAGUGUGGCAAGGGCUUCACCCAGUCCAACAACCUGCUGAGGCACCAGCGCACGCACACCGGCGAGCACCCCUACACCUGCGCCCAGUGCGGCAAGGGCUUCAACGACUCCAGCAACCUGCUGGAGCACCAGCGCUCCCAUACCGGCGAGCGCCCCUACACCUGCGCCCAAUGCGGCAAGGGCUUCACCAGACCCUGCAGCCUGCUGGUGCAUCAGCGCACCCACACCGGCGAGCGCCCCUACACCUGUUCCCAGUGUGGCAAGGGCUUCACCCAGUCUGCUCACCUGCUGAAGCACCAGUGCACCCACACAGGCGAGACCCCCUACACCUGCACCUGGUGCGGCAAGGGCUUCAUCCAGUCUACUCACCUGCUGGAGCACCAGCGCACCCACACCGAGAGACCCUUUGUGUGCGCUGAUUGUGGCAAGAGGUUGACCCGCAUGUCCAGCCUGUGGCAGCACCGGCGUACCCACAGCGGUGAGCGUCCCUUCCCCUGCCCAUCCUGUGGUAACGGCUUCACGCGCCUUGACCACCUGCUGGAGCGCCGGCGAGUCCACACCGGCCAGCGCCCCUUCACCUGCCCGCUCUGUGGCAAGGCCUUUGCCCGCUCCUCCAGCCUGCUGGCACACCGCCACGUGGAUAGAUAGGCGCU